GACUUCCCCAAUGGACACAUUCAACAAACAUGUGGAGAAUAGGACAGAGAAACUACCUACAGACAUGAAUUCAUAGCACUGUGGUGGAAAACGGGUAGUUUUUAGGUGGAGGCGGUGAAGGGAGGAAGGUAGGCAGCGAACAUGGCGGCCGCUGUGUUGAUACUCUUCGUCUCCUGUUUGUCCCUCAGUGAAAACCUGGUCUCCGGUGAAAGAUCUUUCUCUAUAGACUACAAAAACGACUGUUUCCUCAAAGAUGGGAAGCCUUUUCAGUUCAUUUCAGGCAGUGUCCACUACUCCAGAAUCCCCCGGGAAUACUGGAAGGACCGGCUCGUAAAGAUGUACAUGACUGGUCUCAAUGCUGUUCAAGUAUAUGUGCCCUGGAACUUCCAUGAAGCUGUACCGGACGUCCACAACUUCACAGCUGACAGAGAUUUGGAGCAUUUUUUGGAUCUGGCCAAUCAGACUGGUCUUCUGGUUAUCCUGCGUCCAGGACCGUACAUCUGUGCAGAAUGGGAAAUGGGUGGAUUACCGGCGUGGCUUCUUCAGAAACCAAACAUCAUACUUCGCUCUGCUGACACGGAUUAUCUGCAGGCAGUCAGUAACUGGCUUGCUGUUCUCCUUCCCAAAAUGAGACCAUGGCUCUAUAUCAAUGGGGGUAACAUCAUCAGUGUCCAGGUGGAGAAUGAAUAUGGAAGCUACUAUGCCUGUGACUACAACUACAUGCGUCACCUGCGGACUCUGUUUCGCCACUUUCUCGGUGAAGACGUGGUGCUGUUCACCACCGACGGGAACACAGACAAGGAAAUGAAGUGCGGUACUCUCGAAGGAUUAUAUGCCACGGUGGACUUUGGCACAGACACCAAUGUAACUGAAGCCUUCAGUCGGCAAAGACGGUUUGAACCUCAAGGCCCCCUGGUGAACUCGGAGUUCUACACUGGCUGGUUGGACCACUGGGGAGAUCAGCAUGCUGUGGUCAAUACUCAGAAGGUCAGCAAAGUACUAGAAGAGAUGCUAACCAUGGGGGCCAACGUCAACAUGUACAUGUUUGAGGGAGGCACUAACUUUGGCUACUGGAAUGGUGCCGAUCAUGACAACAAGUAUCGCUCAGUCGUGACUAGUUACGAUUACGAUGCCCCGCUAUCUGAGGCAGGAGACCCCACAGAGAAGCUGCUGGCUAUCAGAGAAGUCAUCAAGCAGUUCAGAGAAAUUCCUUCCGGAUCCAUGCCACCAGCAACUCCCAAGUUUGCCUACGGCUUUGUGACCCUGAGAAAGGUUGGAAGCAUCAAUGAUGUUUUGAACACCAUUUCGCCUCUGGGGCCAGUCAGAUCUCAGGAUCCACUGACGUUUGAAGAGAUAAAGCAGUACUAUGGAUACAUGCUGUAUCGAACCACGCUGCCCCGGGACCUCCCGCAGCCCACGCCACUCAUCUCCCCACUGAAUGGGGUUCAUGACCGUGCAUAUGUGUCCAUCAAUGGGGUUUUCCAGGGCCUGCUGGAAAGGGACAAAGUGCUGGUAAUGAACAUCACUGGACAGCAGGGGGACACAUUGGACAUCCUUAUUGAGAACAUGGGCAGGGUUAACUUUGGCAGCAAAAUCAACGAUUACAAGGGCCUUGUGAGCAACCUGUUCCUGGGUAAAGACAUGUUGACUGAUUGGAGGAUCUAUCCUCUGGAUAUCGAUGGAGCCAUCACUGGCGGAUGGCCUGAAUAUCGACAGUCACUGACCACUCCUGAGAAGGAAGCCUCAGCUGGACCGACCUUCUACACUGGAACGCUACAGCCCAACGGCUUAGCAUGGGACACCUUUCUCAGACUUAGUGAAUGGAGAAAGGGUCAGGUUUGGCUGAAUGGUGUGAACCUAGGGCGAUACUGGCCGGCCAGAGGCCCUCAAAUGACUCUCUAUGUCCCAGGAUGUUUACUCAGCACCACCCGACCCAACAAGAUCACAGUGCUGGAGCUGGAGGGGGCACCAGCACACAUGCGGGUUCUGUUCAUGGAUCGGCCUCAGCUCAAUUUCACUGUCGAUAAAUCAUAACAGAGUGCACUGAAUUUUGUACUGUACGCAAGCAAGCUGAGCAGUUCACCUGCAUUAACUAUGUGCCAUCAUUCUUCUUGAUCAUGCAGAUUUCAGUGGAGUCAAAACCUGCUUUAACAUUUCACGCGAAGAAAGCCCCUAUUGUCUGGUCCUGUCACUGAAAACUAAAUUUGAAUUUGAUGGUGGGUAAUUCAUAUAAUAUAGAUUUCAAUUUAUGAUUGAGAAUGGAACUUUUUUUUAAAUUAAAUUAAUUGGUUUUAUUUCAUUUUACAGUGACAACCAAACAAUACACUGCAGAGAACGCCGACAUUUGUAAAAAUAGAAUGAGAGAAAUAUUAAGACAACCUGUGGAACAAACUUUAGAUGAGGGAAGAGGAGAAUUGUCUCUGAGAAAAGAGUUACAGGCCAUAGACGUCUUAGUUUCUGGAGGUAGCAUUUUGCUGAAUACUUUUUGUGGUUCUUUCUGUACAUAUCCAUUCUCUAUGUGAAGCUAUGCAGAGUUUAUGACCUGAUACUGCAAGGAUUUAGCUGAUUGAGGAACAUCAGCAAUCUCCCUCACUCUCACAAUCCAUAGACAGUGUCUGAUUUAUUAGGACAUGAUCCUUUUACUUGGUUAAGACAAAUGGAUUGUGGAGAUGAAACAACAGAUGCUGUAAAAAUGUGUUUUAUUUCCUUGUUCAAGGUAGUUUGUGUGUGUGUAUAAAUAAUCUCUCUUGACGUAAAAAGUGACACUGGUUUGAAAAUGGACUGAUACUUGAUAACACAGACAUGAGUCAACUUACAGUUGACAUUAUCAACUGUAAGAACAACCUCUAGUCCACUGUAAUUCAACUUAAUCUAUAUCUAAUCCCAUCUGGUGCAUUGGUACAGUUUAGCAAAUAAAACCCCUGAUGUAAUUCCACAUUAUACUCCAA